AGUCAUCAAGCGAUAAGAAACAACGCAAGCUGUGAAGACGUCAGGUGGAUAUGUUCUGACUUAACAGAGUUGGCCUUUGUUUGUUCACCGUAAUUAAAAUUACAUCUAGAAUUACUUUUAGUUUCUCAAAAUUAAUACAGGUACUUAAUGGAGCGUGAUACAAAUCAAAUGUCCCAAAGUCCUUCACUAUGUAGAUCUGGAUGUGGAUUUUAUGGAAGUCCAAAAACUGACGGUUUAUGCUCUAAAUGUUAUAAAGAUGCUCUCAAAAGAAAACAAGCAAAUCCUGCGCCUCCACCACUAAGUGGACGUACCAGCCCUUCAACAGCUAGCUCAGUUGCUGCUUCCGAUUGCGAUGACAAAAUUCUCCUGCCGAAAGAUGACGAUUUGUCCACGGCAUCUCCAACAGUACCAGCUGUCGUGGUUACUCCACCUAGUCAAGACCAAAAUAAACCUGAGACAUCAAAACAAACUCUCCCAGACUCUGAAACGUCGCCUGCGAGUCCAACAUCCUCUGAAAAAGGAGAGGGGGAAUCUUCUCAGCAAGAUGAUUCUCUUGAGAAAGACCAGAAAAAGAAGAAAAAUAGGUGCCACAUAUGCAAAAAGAAAGUAGGGUUAACAGGAUUUCCCUGUCGAUGCAAUGGUUUAUUCUGCAGUGUGCAUAGAUAUUCAAAUGAGCACAAUUGUACAUUUGACUACAAACAGCUCGGUGCUCAAGAAAUCCGUAAAAACAAUCCAUUAGUGGUCGGAGAGAAAGUUAAGAAAAUUUAAGUGAAUUACGAGACCCAUUCUAUAGAACACCUGACGUCUACAAACAUUUACUAAUGUAACACUGAGAGCUUCAUAUAUAAAACAGUGUUUGGAAACGAAGCUUUUGGUGUCCAUGAAAUCAUUACUUUAUUCUGCAUUGUAGGUUUGUUUAGUCAUGUUAAAUUUCAGUAUAUUGCUUUGCUUGUUUUCUUUUUCCGAGAUUUAUAUUUUAGAAAGUGACAAAUAGUGUUUUUAGAGUAUACAUUUUUCUUUUAAUUUAAUCAGAUAAUUUGUUCCUAUCAAUGUAUACUGUUGUAUUAAAAUGCUAUUUUAAAUUCUUCAUAUCAUUUUUUCCCCAACUGAUUUUCAAAGCAAAAUUGUCUUGCUUUCUAUCUAUGUUUAUGGACUCGUGUGUGCAUUAAUAUCUUGGAAACAUUUUUAGUGAUUGGUCAUUACUUGGAAGUGUAAAAAAGUCUGAAGCAUAGUAAAUACUCCAUAUUUGUACCUGUUCUUUUCUUUUCCCUCCUUGUAUCGCUGUGAAUCUGUUUGCUUUGCUAUUGGGCUACAUAAUCAUUUUCUUAAUACUGUAUUCAAUAAUACUUGCAAUUAAACAAUUGUGAAGAUUUACUAGUUAAUUAUGCUUGAAUAGCUUACUUGAUUUUUUUUUCCCCUUAUUCUUUCUUUUUUUUACUUUUUCCAGUAUGGUAGAAUAUUGUGCUAUGCUAUGAGUAUAUUCUUUGUGCUAGCACCGAGUGAAAGUUGUAGUUUAAACAAUUAUAACAGAUAUAAAGUAUAUACAUAUAUAUUUGCUAUUAUGCCACCAUUGUAGUAUUCAGGAGUCCAAUAUAUGCAAUUAUCAUCCAUCCUGUGUCGCCUUUAUCAUACUGUAGCAAAAAAAGUCAUAAAUUUUGCUACCAUGUUUUUUAACAUGCAAAUCUAAAUGUACAUGUUCAUCAAAAACAUUGAAUUCUACUUCAAAGUGACAAGAAGAAACUCUUAAUUUUGAAACUAAAUCCAUUUAUUUGCCAUUCAGUUUCCCUGGAAUGAAAGAUGAAAUUAGUAGAUAGUUACAUAUUUGUGCACAAGUAUAAAUAUUUGUAGCCGAGCACAAUACUUGAAUUGGAUCAUGCAGUCACGUGGUCUUUAAGCGUCAUCUUUAGCUGUCCAUUUUUAUGAUAAAUUAAUGACUUUCUCUGAAUUACUUGUAAAAAAUUUCAUGUAGGUGAAAAAUAAAGUGUCAAAGUGAACGGUUAUUGAACAUAAGUUUGUUUUAUUUUCUUGCUGACACUAACAUUAUCUCUGAAGUCAAUAUAUACUCAGUCUUUUAAAGUAGGUUUAUGUAGCUAUUUAAAUUUUUUAAAAUAGCAUUUUUAUUGUAUUUUGUGUAAAUAAAAUCUCUUUUUGGGACUACUAGCUGAUUAAUUUGAGCGUCCAUCCAGUAAAAUGUA